AUGUGUGUCGCUAAGUUGUGUUUGAAUGAGCUAGCAGCAGAGCCUAGUACGGAAAUUGAAUUAAGAUUACUGCCAAAACUUGAUGUGCUCAAUUCUGCUAAGGCAGUAAAUCGUAUUUAUGAGAUCAAAGGACGUAAGCAUACAAGUGCUCUGGCGAUUUGUGUUGGCGAUGUUCAUGAUAUACAACGUUACACUGUGACAGAUCAUCUGACUCAUGUCUUGCUUGAUUGCCUACUUCCAGGACCUGUAACUGUGUUCUUAAGGCGAGGUGAGUCAAGUAUACUUGAGAAGUCAUUAAACCCCGGACUAGAGAGCAUAGGGGUUCGAGUUCCUGACUAUAACUUCAUCAGGGAAAUUGCCCGUGGUUCUAGAAGUGCCCUUGCACUUACUAGCGCUAACCUCAGUGGACAACUCAGUAGCAUAAACAUCAAAGAUUUUGAGAACCUUUGGGAGAAUUGUGCAUAUGUCUAUGAUGGCGGAAUUCUUCCAGCUGGGCGAGCAGGAUCAACUAUGGUGGAUCUUACCAAGUUGGGAAAGUACAAGAUUCUUAGACCUGGGAGUGCCAAGGAAGAGACCGUUGCUAUCCUUGAAAGAUACUCCUUACUAGAAGAUGGAACAGGAGAUUAG